ACCUUGAUAGAGAAUGACUGUGUAGAGGCCUUGACCUUUGUCCUUCUUGACCUGGAGUCAAGGAUACCUGUCCUGUCAGAGGUCACAGCAGCUCUAGCCGUCAUGGCUGACGAAGAUGAUGUAAAAUACAAGCUGAUACAUCUACAGGGAGGUAAAGCCUUCAGUAAGCUGGUGACCCUGGCUUCACUGUCUAGUCACAGAGAAAUACAGUACAACAGUGCUGGCACGCUGGGACAACUGGCGUUAGUCAGUUUACCAGCUGAGUUGAAAGAGGCUAAUAGAAAAGGCAUUGUUCUAUACAUUGAUAAGUUCCUAAAGUCUCCAGACCCAAGCUUUGUACAUGUGGCUCUGUGGACACUAAAUAUGCUACUUAAAGAUAUAUUUUUCCUGAGGGCUUUCACUGACCACAGCAUUGAGUCUGUAAUAGACCAAGUCAAAAUAACUCAUCAGCUGGCAAAAAUCCAGGACCUCUCUAACAGUGUUAUUGACCAGCUCCACGGGGUCAUGACCUCUUCAACCUCUAGCGAGGACUGAAUUUAACAGGAAGGGAGUUCUUCACCUCAUUGAGGAAUCUCCAAAUUUUAAAGAAUCUCCCAUAUUUUUCUUAUCUUAUUUAUAUGAAUGGACAUCAUCAU